AUGAGUUUUACCGUAACCUUUUUUUACACAUUUCAGAAGGGGAAAAAAAGUCACGAAGCUUAAUUUUGUUGCCUUUUGUUAUCGUUUGCUUCAAGUAGAACCUCUCUCUCUCAGUCUCUUUCUCUCACACACACUCUCUCUCUAUUGGAUUCUUUUCUCUGCAAUCAAAGCAAAGCUCUGGAAAUUUUGUUUUCUCUCCCUUUCUCUUCAAACUUUCUCUCUUCCAAGUUUCUUAAAUCUAAAAGACAAUUCAACAACCAUAUAUCUUCUGUGGAAAUGCAUCACUUAAAUCUACCUCUACACAUUUCUAAAGAGGCGUUUACGAGAGCUUGAGGCAUUAAGCUCUUGAUUACAUUCAUUGAGAAAUGGAAGGAGAAUCCUUUGGUUUAAUCGUUGGGAUCUCACUGGGUUUGGUGAUUGGUGUGGCGUUAGCUAUCUCUGCACUGUUCUGCUUUAGGUACCAUAGGAAGAGAUCUCAGAUUGUGAGCAGUGGGUCGAGAAGAAGCGCGACGCUUCCCAUCAGAGAGAAUGGAGUUGAUUCUUGCAACAUCAUGUCGGAUUCCACGCUUGGUCCGGAUUCACCUGUGAAAUCCUCGAGCAACGGGAGGUCUCUUUGGCUUGAAGGGUUUAGCAAGAGGAGCAAUGUGAUCUCUGCUUCUGGCAUUUUGGAAUAUUCCUACAGGGAUUUGCAGAAAGCAACAUGUAAUUUCACGACAUUGAUAGGCCAAGGAGCAUUUGGACCUGUCUACAAAGCUCAAAUGUCCACCGGUGAGACUGUUGCUGUGAAAGUUCUUGCCACUGACUCUAAACAAGGAGAAAAAGAGUUUCAGACAGAGGUUAUGUUAUUGGGAAGGUUGCAUCACCGUAACCUAGUGAACUUGGUCGGAUAUUGUGCAGAGAAAGGCCAACACAUGCUUAUAUAUGUCUACAUGAGUAAAGGAAGCUUAGCUGCUCACUUGUACAGCGAAAAACAUGAACCACUGAGCUGGGAUUUGAGAGUAUCUAUUGCUAUAGAUGUGGCACGUGGUCUAGAGUAUCUUCAUGAUGGGGCUGUUCCUCCUGUAAUCCACAGAGAUAUCAAGUCUUCCAACAUUUUGCUGGACCAAUCCAUGAGAGCUCGGGUUGCUGACUUUGGGCUCUCUAGAGAAGAAAUGGUAGACAAACAUGCAGCUAACAUACGAGGAACGUUUGGUUAUCUCGAUCCAGAGUAUAUCUCCACGAGAACAUUCACCAAGAAAAGCGAUGUUUAUGGCUUCGGGGUUUUGCUUUUUGAGCUUAUAGCUGGAAGAAACCCACAACAAGGUCUAAUGGAAUAUGUUGAGCUGGCGGCAAUGAAUGCAGAGGAAAAAGUUGGGUGGGAAGAGAUUGUGGAUUCGAGAUUAGACGGGAGGUUUGAUUUACAAGAAGUGAAUGAAGUUGCGGCUUUUGCUUAUAAAUGCAUCUCUCGUGCACCGAGGAAACGUCCAAACAUGAGGGACGUUGUGCAGGCUUUGACACGUGUCGUUAAGGUGAGGAAACGUCAGAAGAAGUCUCCCUCGCCUUCUCCGCCUCCUCAUACGGUGGAGUCCAGUGGUGAGCAAACCGGAAACAGAUCAAUUCGGUCGGAAAAUCAUAGAAGAGAUCAUUCCAUGGACAGCACACUUGAGGACUAGUGAUGAUGUGUUGAAAACCAAAAGGUGUUCAAAGUUUAUAAUUAUAAUAUAUGAUUUUUUUUAAUUGGAUUUCAUUCAUUUUGUAGGUGGGUUUUAUGAUAAUGAUUUGUAGAUUAUGUUAGGAGGGGAUAAACUGAUGUUAAUGGUAAACUGAAAUUUGGUUUAUAGGAGUGUUUGUCUAUAUCUUUUCUUUUGUGAAUGAACAACAAUGUCUUUUCUUGUUCUUUUUAUUUUAUUUUAUUUGGUUUGUUGCGAAACGUG